AUGUUGAUUGAAAACGUUUUCAUCGAGCUACGGUCUCGGUUGAGGAGCUGCAAUGUAUUCAUUACAACUGGAGUGGAUUUCACCAAGAAUUGUAGUUUGAAAAUAAGUAUACAGACUAAUUGUAUUGUCUUGAAUUAUUAUAAGGAUAAGGAUGAUAAGCCUAAGAGAAGGGAUAGUCUUUCUUCCAUAGAAAGUCUCUCCGAUUGGUGCUCGGACGAAGAAGGUGAAGUCAGCACUGUGAUCCCAGUCCGACAGUUCUGUAAGAUCAUACCAAAUUCUAUGUCGUGUCUCAAAAUAGAUAAGAGUACAAUAUCAUUCAGAUUGCUGACUGAACCUAAGAACGGUGCCGGUGGUAACUUCUACAAAGAAUUGCUAUCCACGAAUAACAUGGAAAGUUCUACCAAAGGAAAUAGUUUAAAAUUAAAUGUGAAAGCCGGUGAAGAACUGCGGUUAACCUGCGCAAAUUGUUGCAAUGUAGUCUCCGUUAAUAGUGUGAAAUUCGACCGGAUUUUGGAGUUACCAACAGCUAACUUGGACAUGUCAGAGUGGUUUUGCCAUGGGAACGGACAUGGGCAUAGCCAUGGUCACAGCCACGGGGAGACUCCACAGACAUCAGACACCAUAAUAAAGCCAAACAAAAGUGAUUUUCUCUAUAGACUGACUUUCUUUGUUGUGAAUAAUACAAUUUUAUCGGAUAAGACCAACAAAUUCAACGCUACGAGACCAGUGUAUCAUUGCAAUAGAUGUCUAGCGUGGCUGGGACUCAAGGAAAAGGAUUCUGUGAAACUAUUCAAUUCAGAAAUUAAAAUAACGCAUAAUGAUACAGAAUCAGUGAUAUUCGCACACAAAAAUGAACAGGAUAUACACACAGAUGAUUUUAUUUAUACAAUAGAGAGAAUGACUAGAGAAUUUAACCUCGGAUUCCAAUAUACAGUGAUGUGUAAAUUAGUCCUUGAAUGUACUGUAUCUGCUGUAAAGAAGCAGUAUUUGUUAAUAUGGGUGAUGGAUAAAGAGUUGCAAGUGCUCAGAAAUAAUGUGCAGACUAUAUUAUUGGAAGACCGUAUUGAGCUACAUUCCACUACGGUCACUAAAAUCCUAUUCAAAGUCGAAUUUUGUAUGAAUGAGGAGGUAGAGUCCUGGGUUUCUGACCCAGGAGUGGUCACCACAGAGAUAUCAAAAGGCAUGUUCAACAAUGGACUUGCCCAUUUGGAGAAAAUGUCCCAAAAAGUACCGGAAUGCUUCCGUAAUACCAACGGUUACUGUGUAAGCUAUCUUAAAGUUUGAAUAAAUAAAUUCGCAAUUGUA